AAACCUCCGAGUGGAGUGGCGCGCCGAGCGUCGCGCCGCGGGCACAGCACCGCAGCACGCGGCGGGCCCGCGCACCGCUCGCGGCUCGCCGCCCGCCAUGGCCGACAUGCCGGACCUCUCGCACCUCACGCCCGAGGAGCGCGCCAUCAUCGAAGGCGUCAUGAUGCGACAGCGCCAGGAGGAGCAGCGCGAGCACGAGAUCAUGAGACGUAAGCAAGAUGAAGUCACAGUGCUGGAGCAGACGAUCCGGACUCGCAAUGAGAUGCACCGCGCCGCCGGCGUAGAGCUCGCAGCCACCUGCCACAUCUGCCUCAAGACUAAGUUCGCGGACGGCGUCGGCCACUCGUGCCAUUACUGCCGAGUGAGGUGCUGCGCUCGGUGCGGGGGCAAAGUCACUCUCCGUUCUAACAAGGUUAUUUGGGUAUGUAUACUGUGCCGUAAGAAACAAGAGUUAUUAUCAAAAACUGGACAAUGGAUCCACAAAAGUGCUGGCCAGGAUUCAAUGUUAUGGCGUAUGGAAAAUGAUCUAAGAGGUCUACCACCACAGCCAGACGGGUCAUUUGAUAAAAGACCAAAACUAGAACGGGCACACAGCGCCGCAGAGAAAGAAAAUCUGCCACUUCAGAGAUCUGGCAGUGCUCUCCGUCGCCAGUACAGUCAACAAGAGCAAAGGUGUUAUGGUGAACUUGAAGGAUUGGCUAGAACUCAUCCGCAUCUAGUACACCCGAGACAAAAGGCUGCAUACGGGGUGGUCGAGACGGGGGUAACUCCCUCCACCCAGUUGUUGCCGCUCACGCCAGCGUCACACCCCCUCCUCCCGCCUCGGUCUUCCUCUUCGGAUGACGAAGUUCCCGAGUGUGUUUCCGACGAAAACGACGAGUAUCGUGAUCGCGGACAACUAGAGGCAUGUGCUCCAGUUCGGCACCCGCAUCUGCGUAGCGCCAACGUGGCCGCCAACAAUUAUUACAAUUUGAUUAAUCAUUCGCCGGCCGAUUACGAGGCAGAGGCGCGCGGUCCAUUCGACGUGGCCAGGACCGGACCGUCAGGUGGACGCAGUUUCGAUUCUGUGACCGACUGCCGGUGGCGGGCCCGCGACGAUGGCGAAGGUGCGUAUCUACGCCCGUACGCACCAGAAGAGGGCCCGCGCCCAGAUCGAGCUGUGUAUAAGAGUGCCUAUUUGUGGGAGGACUCCUCAGACAAUAGACGGUUCACUGAGAGGAGAAAAAAGACCGUUCGCUUUGACGGGCACGAAGGCGCCGCGACGUUCCCGCGCGGCGGCCGCGACGCGUCUGGCGCGCCACACGACUGGGCCGCGCUACGCUGGGAGCCCGAGCGCCAGACCAGCCAGGACUCCGCCACCAAAGACUCGGGCAUCGAUACCUCUAGCACCUUCACCUCCAGUGAAGAUUCGAACAGAGGCGAUUGCCCUAAGUUCCCGCUGAGCUGGCAGGUGUCCGCGGACGGCACUCGCAUGAUCGGUCACAUGGUGCUCCGGAAGAGCGUCGUGGAAGGGAGCUCACACUCUUCAGCGGCUAUCCUCGGUCUGAAGGUGGUGGGAGGGAAACUGCUCCCGGACGGCACGAGGGUCGCAGUGGUGGAAAAGGUCAAAAAAGGUUCCAUUGCUGACUUAGAAGGACAACUUAGAAUAGGUGACGAGGUCCUGCAAUGGAACGGGGUGCCUCUUCAAGGGCGGAGCGCGGACGAGGUGGCGGCGGUUGUAGCUGACAGUAAGCACGACUUGCACGUGGAGUUAGUGGUGUCGCGACCCCUGACUGCCACGCGCACGCCCGCUGUGCCGUGGAGAACACACAAAGAAGUAUACACGGAAGUGAUGGGGGGUUGCGAGAAGCCCAGCGUUUUGGUGACGUCACCGGGCUCCCCUGACGUGCACUCUCGGCGCCGGCCCGCGAGAUAUGGUAACCACCACAACGCUAACGUUGCCGGACGCAUUCAGCUGAAAAUAUACUUCGACGUGACCGCAACGCAGCUGUGUGUCACAGUCGUAUCAGCGAGCGGACUCACACCUCGGCCCGACGGUUCCCCUAGAUGCCCGUACGCAAAAAUAUUCCUACUGCCCGACAAAAGCGAGAAGAGCAAGCGAAGAACGAAAACCUUAGCCAACACAUUAGAACCACGAUGGAAUCAAAACUUUAUUUAUUGCGGAAUUCGCAUUACAGACAUAAAGAGAAGAACUUUGGAGGUUACCGUGUGGGAUUUAAAUCGUUACGGCCCAAACGAUUUUCUCGGCGAAGUCCUUCUGGAUUUAGACACCAUUGUAAUGAACCAUGAACCUACAUGGUAUACGUUGAAGCCACACGAGGAGAUGGGAAGCUUUAGCAGAUACCGCGAAGACGAGGCAGACGGCGAGCACCUGUCUCCGCCGUCGACGUCGACGUCGCGGCUGUCGGAUUCCGACACGCCGAGCGAGUGCGACCUGCGGCGCCACCACUCGCUGUCCAGCCUCGCGUCCAGCUCCAGUCCGCCGCCGCCGCAUGAUCGCAUGGACAUGGAGGGAGCGAGAUCUAACCGACGCGACAUGUCGCCGGCGGGCCGCGUGCGCGCUGCCGGGAUGAACAGAGAACGCAGCGGCGGGUACAGCGUGGCGCGCUCGCAGUCGGCGGCGGGCGUGGCGCGGCCGGCGCGGGCUCGCAGCAAGUCGCCGCGCCGCUCGCUGUCGCCGCCCGCCGACCGCGACGGCUGGCGCUACACAGUGAACGAGGACCGGGGAGACGGGUCGCGGUUACCGACGCACGCGUACGCGCCGCGCUUCCAGUCGCGCUCAGCCACGGCCACGCCCACCACCAGUCCCAAGAAACGUCAACUACCACAAAUACCUCAUCACCAGGGUGGGCAGAGAGCUGUGCGAGCGCAAGUGUCGGCCGACUUGGAGGAACGUAAGUGGAUCGCCCCGCAUCACAUUGGCGCCACACUCACCUACCGCAGCACGCCACAAGGGUGGGAAAGACAUUACGCAGGACUGUCGGACUCCGAGCUGGCAGCGCGGAGCGGCGGAGGCGCGGGCGCAGGCGGCUGGGCCCCGCGGCGGCGCCUGUCGCCCGACAACGCCGCGCAGGACUCCGACCUCGAGUCCGUCGCGUCCGUCACCUCCAGCGCCUUCAGCACGCAGUCCGAACGACCUCGCCCUACCAGAAUGCUCAGUAAUGACUAUGGUGGACGGGAGAACGGACGCGGCAAUGGUAGCAAUCAACAGCAACAGCCACUAGAAAGACGAGAAUCACGUCGGGGUCAAUUUACUCGGAGUCUGAGUAACGCAGAUGUACCACCGGACGAAAAAGCGGGUGUAACUUUUAACAAAGAUGGCAGCCUCAGCGAUACUGCUCUCGGCGGGGCGGGUGAAUUGGAACCUGCUAGUGACGACGUGUUACUCAAAGCGGAACCUCGCGACUACUUCGGCCCUGGUAUGGGCAAAAAAAGCAAUUCCACUUCGCAACUAUCAGCGACAGGACGAAAACGGAGGUUAGGUUUUGGUAAACGUGGGAAAAAUUCGUUUACGGUGCAACGGAGCGAGGAAGUGGUCCCUGGCGAAAUGCGAGGAGGCAUGGGUGGUGUAUCGCGGGCCUCCUCAGCCUCCAGCGAGAACGACGAAGACAGAUGGUCUCCUGGUAUGAGAGGCUCUGGUUCGGACGGAGGCGGCUUGUCAGACUUUAUCGACGGCUUAGGCCCAGGACAGCUGGUCGGCAGACAGUUACUCGGUGCGCCCACGCAGGGUGACGUGCAACUGUCUAUGUGUUACCAGAAAGGAUUUCUCGAGGUGGAGGUAAUCCGUGCUCGUGGUCUGGUAUCUCAGCCAGGCCGACGGGCCCUACCUGCGCCGUACAUUAAAGUGUACCUUGUGAGCGGUAAGCGCUGCAUCGCCAAGGCAAAGACGAGCACGGCGCGCCGCACACUCGACCCACUUUAUCAACAAACGCUUACCUUUAGAGAAAACUUUAAAGGAUGCGUAUUACAGGUGACCGUGUGGGGCGACUAUGGACGCAUAGAGGGUAAAAAGGUGUUUAUGGGCGUGGCUCAAAUCAUGCUCGAUGACCUUAACCUCUCUAACAUCGUCAUAGGAUGGUACAAACUCUUCGGAACUACUUCAUUGUAACCAAGGUUCUACACUGCCUUCAAGGGUUAGGCGAACCUAUAUCACAAUAAAAAAAUUAUAACUUGUCCAAAUAAUAAAUUUAGUGAUACUGCUUUAAUAUCAUGAUAAAACGCAAAAUAUCUUGAAUAUAGGAAAUUUUCUAUAAAACGAAAGGUAUAAAAUAAUAAUAAUAAUUUGUAUUUUUAUUUUCUUUUGGAAUGCCUACCGGAGUUUUGAAUAGAUAGCAUUUUAUAGCAAUGAAACAAAUGUAUAGUGUACUCAAUAAUAUGUAAUUAAGUAUUAAAAGCCAAAUGCAA